AUGGCACUUUGGCGCGAUAUCUUAAAGGCCGACACAGGACGUGCUCGACGUCAUCUACAACUAGAGCGUCGCCGAUUACUUCCUGCUUACGAUUCGGAUCCGUUUUCUACCACUGGUCCAGCCAAGGAAGUAACUAAGGUGGCUCUUAGACUCAAGUACCAGAUUGAACAAGUCAUUCCCUGCGAGAUUGAAGAAAACAUCAUCACUAGUCCCACUAGUCGCGUCAUUACAGGCAACGUUGUUCAAACUGCCAAAGAGGCCGGCGGCGAAGACCUUCGUGGCUGUGUUGUAUUUUGCUUGCUUGUAUGCUUACGUUGGUUCAAAAUUCAAGCUAUAGAGGAGCUUUGGGACUCUGAUCUCCACGCGGGUCGAGCCCUCGCAUGUGAGGUUAUAGCCAAGCGCAUAAUUGAAACCGAAGAGGACCAAGAUUUUCUACUACUCCAUACCCUUCUCAAGCGGUAUUCGAUCUUCAUCGACGGAGAGGAGACUGUACCGGCUAACGUCAUCGAGCGUGCUGUAGACCUUCACGCUUUGAGGGUCAUCGGAUCUUCUGGGUAUCAGAAGUGCAUCAAAUACCUCUGGAACGGCUGGUUUUGCCAACAGGAUGGCAACCCAACCAACUUCGUUCCCUACCAUGAAAAGGAUAAUACGAACUUUGCAGUACAUUUCCACCCCGAUAGGAUGAGGACACCUCUGUAUCAGAACACAUGCCAGAUUGCUGUCUCUCUAGUGUACCUUGCACUUUACACUCAAGUCAUCAAUACUGUCAAUAGAACCGGAGAUCUCGAUGUCGGGGAAGGCAUCCUCUAUGUGAUGACUCUUGCAUUCAUUUGCGACGAGUUAACCAAAGUAUGGAAAAUCGGACGGCAUUACUUUGAUUUCUGGAAUGCCUUCAAUUCCACGCUAUACGCCAUUCUUGCUGUUUCCUUCUUCGUUCGUGUCGCUGCUCUGACACACUCACCUUCGGCUGAUGAUCAGAAGAGACAAAUGCUCAAUGAACUAAGCUAUAACUUUUUAGCAUUUGCGGGGCCGAUGUUCUGGAUGCGUAUGAUGCUAUAUCUGGACUCAUUCCGGUUCUUCGGAGCCAUGUUUGUCGUUCUGAGGGUCAUGAUGAAGGAGAGCUUGAUAUUUUUUGCUCUCCUCUUCGUUGUCCUAGCCGGCUUCUUCCAGGGCUUUUAUGGCAUGGCUCAGGUCGAAUCCGAUAUCCCUGUUGUAAGAAAUAUUGUGCAGGGCAUGGCAAACAGUGUAAUGCAAAGCCCAGAGUUUGGCACCUUCGAGGAUUUCGCGUACCCGUUCGGCAUUAUCCUUUACUAUUUAUUCAAUUUUAUCAUCAUGACAGGUUCGGUCCAGUUCUCUACUCUGCAAUUCAUGGCUUUACUGACGCCAGGAAUAUAUGGCUGUCUUCGCGCAGAAAACGAUGUCCUACGUCCGGGCGCCGGACGAGAAUGUCUUCAUCCCUCCACUAUAGCGUUCAACCUGAUCGAGAUCACACUCCUAAUCGCGCCCUUCGAAUGGUGGCUCCCACGCAAACUCUACGCAAAGCUCAAUGAUGUUAUCAUGGGUAUCAUCUACUCACCAAUUCUUCUCGUGACAGCGUCCCUUGAAGUUCGCGAAGCCCGUCGGAUAAGAUGGAAUCGUCGUCGUGGAGAGGAAGAUGACGAUGACGUGCAGGAAUGGGAGCAUGCCGCCGAGGAAGUAGAUUUUGCAAUCGACGAUAGCUGGAAGCAGACUGUCCAGGACACGACACCCAAUGUGACCAUGGACAGUUGCACUUUGGAGGUCGUUCAGCUGAAAGAACAGAUACGUGAAUUAACGGAGAUGGUGAGACUAUUGACUGAAGACAAGGCAACCAAGGGAACACUGUACGGCGGGUCCAGCUCGACCAUACUUGAGCGCGAAUAG